CCCCGGCGGCUGCGGCCCGCGGAGGCGGCGCUGACCCGGCGGAGCGGAGCUGCUCCCGGCCAUGGGCAGCGUGGGCCCCCGCCCGCACCGAGGCCACGGGCAGAUGCGCUGAUGUCUGCCUCUUGCAAAGACUUGACCCACCUGAGGUUGGCAGAUGCACAGAUGUGAGCGUGAAUCCCCAGUAAAAGAAUGAGUGAGAGAGACAGACAGAGCCUGAGCAAAUGGGUUUUCGUGCUCAGUCUCUGCCUUACCACGCUGUGGGGACGACUGACGCUGGCCUCCACGCAUCAUCACAGAAGCCAUUCAGUGCACGUAGAGCCCGGCACAUGCGAAGUCAUCGCCGCUCACCGGUGCUGCAAUAAGAACAAGAUCGAGGAGCGCUCCCAGACGGUGAAAUGCUCCUGUUUCCCAGGGCAGGUGGCAGGGACAACGCGGGCAGCUCCCUCCUGCGUGGACGCCUCCAUCGUGCUGCAGAAGUGGUGGUGCCAGAUGGAGCCGUGUCUCCACGGGGAGGAAUGCAAAGUGCUGCCUGACCUCUCGGGAUGGAGCUGCAGCAGCGGCAACAAAGUGAAGACGACCAAGGUCACUCGAUAGCCUCCGUGCAGCUGCUGCAUUGCCUGACCAGCCCCGGCGUGGCUCCUGGUGCCCCGUGAGCAGCAGGAUGUGGCCCAGUGCCUGCAGAGCUGGGAUGCUCCAUCCUGCACCCGUCAGCGGGACUGUGACAGCUACUGGAUCAGAGCAUCCGCUGAGCCCCAGCGUCCCUGGAGGCUGCAGGCAGGGACCCCAGAGCAGCUGCCAGAAUCCCAUCGCUCCACGGCUUCCUCCUUUCCUGUGGACACAUUCACCAGCCAAGAAAUGGGCUCGUUCUCCAAUCCUCCUAAACAGAACACUAGCACUGUGUAAGAGCUGCUGACAGUACAGACACAGACAGGCAGCAGGCCCCCGAAAUGGGCUUGAAUAGCUGAAUAGCUUCAAUGGCUGAAAUCAUUGCUGUGAGUCGCCUUUCCCUCUCUCCCGAGACGCUGAAUCCGAGUUGCAGUCAGGAAUUGGGAAUUCAAGGGUUAGGUGAAACCCUUCCCCACGUGGCUCCUGGCUUCUGGCCCUGGGGUUCCUCGGAGCAGCUGCUGAGCUCCAGCCUGAUCCCAGAUCGCUGGGGGCUGCUCUGCCCUCGGAGCACGGGGCUUUCCCUGGCCUGCUGUGACCACACGUGGCACAUGUGGCAGUGCAGGCACAGGGUGUCUGACACCCUGUUGGUCCCCAGGGAUGGUGAGAUGUCUCCAUGGCGCAUGCUGCUGGCUCCUCCUUCCUCGGUAAUUGCAUUAAUCAGGUUACAAAUUUAAUAUUUUCCACCAUGCAAGUCCCAGGCACUGAGUUUCUGCUUGUGUUUGCAGUUGAAUUUCAGAAUUGUGUGAGAGGAUCUCUGUCUGCAGCUCUGGGGCGUCUGGGGCAAGCACAUGCCCAGCCAGGGCCUCAGACCGAGCCAGGUUUUGUUGCAGUAAUCCAAAAUAAAGAAAAAGAUGUACCACCUCCUGGCCCUGAGCUCAUGACCUUCUCCAGGACACUCCAGUUCCUGUGGAGCAGCAGCUCACGGUGGAGGUGAAUGUGAGCUCUGUGCCCCCAGUGUCAGAGGUGCUUGGGAGCCCGGGGCUGUCGGACCAACGCCGCCAGCCCUGCUCUGCGGCUGCUCUGGGACCCUGCAGGGGAUGUGCAGGUGCAGGAGGAGCUGGGGAUGGUUGGGGGCCAUGGCAGCGAGGGGCUCACUGCUGUGUUUGCUGCUCUCUGCCCUGGCUCCCACCACAGGACUCAUUAUGGAGACGUUUUGUAAUGGGGUAUGUAAUACCCUCUCCAGAUGCGAUGUAAAUACCAGACUGUGAAAUAAUAAAUUCAUUUUAACCUCUGCAAA